CCGCCUCCCGCUUCCCACGCACCUGCAAGCGCGCACUCCUCCUGGACGCGGUGUGAGGAGGAGGGGCUCCUGGCGAGCUCGGAAAAUGUUUUUGUAACUGGCUUUCUGUGGAAGGCCGACGUUCUCCACGUAAACGCGGCUGCUGUCUGUAGUGAGGCAAGAGGCAGGCGGAACGUUGCUCCAAGACAGCCCGGAACCACAAGCCGGCGGCACAGCCUUCCGUCCUCACCCCGGCCAUCACUUCCGUGUAGGGGUCUGGAAUACCUGCGACCCUCUCGCCGUGACGACGGGAAAGGCACUUCCGGUGUCCGUUGCCAAGGCGCGGGCCCUGAGGGCCGUGGCAGCUUUAUUUGCGCGGUCUUCUCCCCCCUUCCCCGGGGGUCGAGAUGUCGGGGCUCGAGAUGUCGGGGCUCAGUCAGGAGGAGACGCAAGGCUGUCGUCAGCUGCUCGGCCUACUGGACAACAGCGAGAUCAUGGCCCUGUGCGACACUGUCACCAACCGCCUGGUGCAGCCUGCGGACCGCCCAGAUGCUAUUCGGGCAAUAUUAGUGUACAGUCAAAGUGUAGAAGAACUUCUGAAGCGUAAGAAGGUCCACCGGGAAGUCAUAUUUAAGUACUUGGCAACGCAGGGGAUUGUUAUUCCUCCCACUACUGAAAAACACAAUCUUAUUCAGUAUGCAAAAGAUUACUGGGAAAGGUUAACAAAGCUCAAACUGGUGAAAACAUCAGAGCCACUUACAAAGAAAGAGAACAUCCAAUUCAUUCAACAGCAGAAAAAAGAAGAUAAAAAAGCUGAAAAAGUUGAUUUUCGCCGCCUAGGAGAAGAAUUUUGUCACUGGUUCUUUGAACUUCUAAAUUCUCAGAAUCCUUUCAUGGGACCACCUCAAGAUGAAUGGGGGCCACAGCAUUUCUGGCACGAUGUCAAGCUUAGGUUUUAUUACAAAACAUCAGAACAAAAUGUAAUAGACUACCAUGGAGCAGAGAUUGUGAGCCUUCGCUUGCUGUCACUGGUGAAAGAAGAAUUUCUUUUUCUCAGCCCUAACUUAGAUUCCCGUGGACUAAAAUGCGCUACUUCUCCCCAUGGAUUAGUUAUGAUUGGAGUUGCAGGGACUGUGCACCGAGGGAACACUUGUUUGGGCAUUUUUGAGCAAAUCUUUGGACUUAUCCGCUGUCCUUUUGUGGAAAAUACUUGGAAAAUCAAAUUUAUCAACCUGAGAAUCAUUGGAGACAGUUCUCUUACCCCUGGAAUAGUACUGAAACCUGCUCUUACAUUUGAACAGAGCGAUCUGGAGGCCUUUUAUAAUAUAGUCACUUGGUGUGGUAACGCUGAAAUAAGACUUAAUGUAAAGCAGGCAUUGCAUAGUGGGACUGGAGACCAGGCUUUCUGUAGUGGAAAUGAGGUAUUGUUAAACAGAGGAGAACCUUCUAGGCUUCCGAACCAUUGACAUUAUGUAUCAUCCUAAAACAUCUUUAUACAGAAGUUCUUCCAAAUACAUCAGUAAUUUCUAAGUGAUUUCAGAUGUGAGGAUUGAUGUAUUUUAGUUGAAAUACCUUUCUCUAUUACACACUUACAUAUUAUGUGAAUAUUUGCCUAUUUCUACCUGAGCUGUAGUAAGUGUUCUGAGAACUUAUUGCAGUCCAUCAAAUAAAUCCCACUUCAGAUGCUGAGUUAACUGUGUGCCUUAGAAAACAUGUAAUAUUUUCAUUAUACUAUUCUACCACUGUCUGUACUUCCAUGUCGGAAAGAAUUGACAGUGUUCAAGGCUCCCUUAAGUUACUCAUUGACUGUUAUCUAAAUCCAGAUAUUGGAUAUUUUAGGGAUGCAUCUCCUUUGUUCUUUUUUAGAAACUUAAAUAUUGUAGAGGUAUUUAAUAUAAAUGCAAAAUUCUCCUUUUAGAAAACCCAGAUGACAUGCAAAAUCCAAUAAUUUAGCAGGAGAAGAAGAAUUUACUGCCUCUUUAAAUAUUUAUGGAACAUUUCUCAAAGUGACUGCUCUUGUCCAAGCUAAAUAUCUCUGAUAAUCUACAACAUGUUUUGUAUUACUUUGAGUAAUGAUGAAUGUUAUUCUUAAAACAGACCUUUUUACCUAGCCUUACGCUAACAGCUUUAUUGAGCAUCUUAUUAUAACAACAUAAAGGUAAUAUGCUGUUGAAAUUUUAAAGGGAUUAUUAUUUCUAAAUUUCAAGCAAAUUAUUAUUGUUAUUCUUGAUUUACCUUGUCAGACAUGAUUAUGUCCCCCCAAAAGCCCAUGAACUUACAACAUGGGUAUACAUAUACACGUGUACACAUACAUACGAUCCACACUGUAAUCUUACUAAGAAUUAUCUCUAAUUUGUGUUACUAGGCUGGAGUGACAAGGUAGGGUUCCCGGUUGAAUAACAUAAAUGCUUUAAAAUUUUAAUUACUAAUAACCUAGCAACUAUUUGUUGAUCCUGGAUUUAGUUAAAGAAUUUUAAUUUAUAAAAGUGCCAUUUGGGAAUAAAAUUCAGCUGGAAAGUACAAUGAUGUAUACGUUAAGUUUUAACAUAUGUCAUGAUCCUCUGGGGAGACUGAUGCAAAUAUUGGAAGCAGGAGAAAAACACUCAUCUUUUUUGUAUAUUUAAUGGGAUUCCUCUUUUGAGGAAUACAAAUUGGUAUGUCCGAAAAUAAGAACUUAAUAAAGGAAGGAAAUCACUUUUGUCUGUGUAAGAAUAGUAUAUUGUUUAGAUUUAAUUUACAGUUGUCUAGUUCUUAAAGUUUUAGGCAUUUGACAAAAACAAAGCAAAUUUUACUGCUUCUAGUUACACUAUUAGUGAAAUAUAACUAGAUAUAAAGAAAAUAACUGUUUGCAAAAUAGUUAUCCAUUAUAAUUUUAUAAUAUAGGCAGUCAGAUUAAAAGUCUGUAUCCUAUAGCUUCGCUUAGUUUGAAGUCUGAGUUUUAUUUUUAGAUUUGAAGUACCACUGGAAAAUAAACAUCCUGAGUAAAGGAUAAAGUUAGAAAUAUAUUUUAGGCUGAAAUCAAAGACUUUUUACUUUCAUUGUACUUCCAUUGCUUGCACUAGGUAUUCAGUAGAUAUUUAGUAAAGACAGGAAUGAGAAAUUAAUAUUCAUUAAUUUUGUUUAUUCAAAGCCUCAUACAAUCCUAGACCUUUGCCAAUCAAUUAAAGACAGUGUAUAGCAUGUGUGUUAGGUGCUCAGUAUUCAUUGAGCAAAGCCAAAUUUGUCUUCUAAAUUAACACAACUAACACUGACAGAAUGAUCAUCUAGUAUAACUGACACUAAGAAUUAUCGAGAUCUUACUAUGUUUUUGUAAAAAUGAAGAAACUCUGCUCCAAAGGUAGAUAGUGUACUAACUUCACAGUUUUUUGUGACUAUUGCACCUCUGGCAUUUUUCGGCUUUUUAUCAUAGUUUUAAAAUUAUAAAGCUGAUGUCCUUUCUUGCACUUUGUGUCAAAUCUGAUGACUAGUACCUUAUUUUAAAAUAUUUUAAACUCAUCCUUCAUUUCUUUUUUUUUUUUCAUCCUUCAUUUCUUCAUGUGUAAAAUGAUCUGUCUAGAUUAGAUGCUUCCUGAGAUCUAUGAUUUUCCCUGGCCUUGGGAUUGUAUACCUUCUUAGCAAUUGAAUUUUAUUUUAACAGGAAUUUUACUUUUAAAGGAACUUACUGAGAAAGUUAUUUCUCUAUUAUUUUGCUUCCUCAUAAGCAGUGGUCAUCGAAAAACACACUUUGCAGUCUUCAAAUGAAUAUACAUAAUACAUUUUCAGUAUAUGUGUGAGUAGUAUGUGUGUUUCUACCCACAAUAUGAAAAUAUCCUAUAUUAUAUUUAUAAUAAAAAUAUGAACUUUAACAUUUUUAAUUACAAAUUCUGAAACUUUAAAUUCAUUUUGUUAAACGUUUUUGCCUUGUAUAUGUGCACAAUAUGUUUUCCAAGUUGUAGUCAAGAAAAGUACAAACUGGUUUGACAGGCAAAUUAAGGACUAUCAGUGCAGAUGGUGCGCAAUUUAUGAUGAUUUGGCAUAGUUUUUCAACUUUAUGAUUCUUUGAAAGCAAUAGACAUUCAGCAUGAACUACUUCAAAUUUUUAAUUUGGGCUCCCUACCCCAGGCUACCAAUACCAUUCUGUUUUUCACUUUGUGUGCAGUAUUUAAUAGAUUGCAUAAGGUGUUUGACACUAUUACAAAAAAGGCUUUGUGUAAGAUUAUUUUGCUCAGUUAUAGGGUAGUGUAAGUAUUCUGAGCAUGGUGGCAGGCUAGGUUUAGAAAUGCUGUUAAGUAAUUAAGGUAUAUUAAAUGUAUUUUUGAUUUAUGAUAUUUUCAAUUUAUGAUGGAUUCGUAACCCCAUUGUAAACUGAAGAAAAAAGGUUACUAAAAUAAUCAAAUAUGGAUAAUUGCUUCAAAGAGACUAAGAACAGAAGUCGGCAAGUAUUUCAGACUGACACUGGGCAGCUGGAGAUGUAGCUCAGUGGCAGUAUGUGUGCUUAGCAAACAUGAAUUCAUGGGUUUGGACCCCAGAACAAAAGAGAAAACAAAAAGAUAUUGGGGACAAAUGGCAGGUUUAGUAUAGGUUUACUCUGUAGGAAGCAUGGACAUAGAUGGCUACUACUCCUAAAUUCAAUGGAAAUUAUUCCAGGAAGUUUAACAGGAACAUUUGUCUAGCAAAAGGAAAGUUUUGCUGUACCUGCUGCACUGAUUAAAGCAGUUCAGACUUCGGAUCACAUACAAGAUAACAGAAAAUCCAAGCAUGUAUGGACUUCAAACUUGCAGCUGUCAGUAGAACAAUCAUAAAGUCACCAGACAUCAUUAGACUCUUAGGAAUUAAAUAACAGGCUAGACCAUACUAAUUUUAAGAGCAACUGUAUGCUACAGCAAAAGUUCAGGAUUAAGAAAAAGAUUGAUUUUAAAGAAUGCAUCAGUAUUUUCUCCUAAACAUUUUUUUCAAUUUGAGAAACAUUUACUGAGCACUUAAUAUGUACCAGGCUUUUUUUGACAGGGUACUUAUACGUAAAGUAGUACAUUUCUUCUAGUUUCUGGUGAUAUUCUCACUUUAGUUUGUAUAAUUUUUACUGUUGAAUAAAGAGCCUUAUUUUAUUA